AUGGGAUAUGGAGUAGAAACAACAUCCCAAAAGCAUAGCUUUAUCUGCUGGUUAGCUAUGCACAAGAGACUUCAGACAAGAGAAAGACUGGCCAAACUAGGGAUAUGCAAGGAAACACAAUGUGCUAUAUGUGAGACAGGAAUAGAAACAACUGAGCACCUAUUCUUUGAAUGUGACUAUUCAAGGACAUGCCUGAGUGAGAUACUGAAAUGGCUACAAAUUGGAGUGCAACAGUACAAGCUAGAAGGAUUAUGGAGAAGAAUGACAAGAAAUUCAAGAGGCAAAGCUCACAGAAACAUCACCAGUUCUAUCUUAGCAGCUACAAUGUACCACAUUUGGAAAGCAAGAAAUGAUGCACUGUGGAAUCCCAAAGUCCAACGACCCCAGAAGCUGAUAGAGACUGUGAAAGAGGAAUGUAGGCUGGUCAUGCCGGAAAUCCUGGGAAAGAAGGCAACAUCACAAAGACAAAAAGCAUGGAUACACAAGCUAAUGUAA